GCCUCUAGCAAUGUAUUGCUUCGUUAGCAUAACCACGCCCUCUACACUUCUGUUCCAGCGUCGUACCGCCCCUCUUGGGAUGAUGUCACUUCCUGUCUGUCACAUGACGGCUCCGGAGGUCGGGAGCCGGGCGGUCGGGGCGGAUGGAUCCGCGGGAGGUGAAGGACCGGAUCCUGGAGAACAUCAACCUGUCCGUGAAGAAGUUACAGAGUUACUUUGCUGCCUGUGAGGAUGAGACCCCCGCUAUACGCAACCACGACCGCGUCCUGCAGAGGCUGUGCGAGCACCUGGACCACGCUCUGCUCUACGGGUUACAGGACAUCUCCUCCGGUUACUGGGUGCUCGUCGUCCAUUUUACCCGUAGAGAAGCCGUGAAGCAGAUCGAGGAGCAGGAACAUGUGGCGACGCUGCUGGGCCGCAGUCGCGCCUGGCUCUACCUGGCCCUCAAUGAGAAUUCCCUGGAGAGUUACCUGAGGUUAUUCCAGGAGAACCAAAGUCUCCUACAGAAAUACUACUACAAGAAUGCCUUGGUCUGCAGCCAUGAUCAUCUCACCCUCUUCCUCACCCUGGUGUCCGGUCUGGAGUUCAUUAGAUUUGAUCUGGAGAUGGACGCUCCUUAUUUGGACCUGGCCCCUUACAUGCCAGAGUACUACAAGCCCCAGUAUCUCCUUGACUUUGAGGACCGUCUUCCCAGCAAUGUUCGAGGUUCUGACAGUCUGUCUCUCAAUUCCUUCAACUCCAUGAACUCCACCAACCUGGAGUGGGACGACAGCGCCAUCGCUCCAUCCAGUGAAGAUUAUGAUUUUGGAGAUGCUUACCCUGCGGUGCCGUCCGUCCCCAGCACAGACUGGGAAGACGGAGACCUCCAUGAUGGCGGCAGCUUCCCCUGCUCCGCGGCGCCAUUUGUGCUCAAUGGCCCCAAAACGCAAGGGAAGAGUUCAGUGCACCGAUACAACCCGUUCACACAAGAUCUGUCACCUUCUGAUGUCACCUCAGGGCCGGGAACGGCAGCCGACACGCCCGACACCAGCGACCCCAUCACGCAAGACUCGGAGCUCGAAGUCACCUCCUCGGACACCCCCCUGUCUUAUAAACGGCCCCCGCAGGCCGCGCGCCAAGAUGUCACUGAUGGCCUCUCCACCUCAGAAUCCACCCCUGUGCACGGGGCAUCCCGGAAGACGGGGGGCAAUGCCAACUAUACUACAUACACGGAGAACAACUCCGAGCUGGAGGUCAUAAGAAUAGUACGAAAGAAAAGAGGCGGAAAGCGUAAGAAAGUUCGCUCCGAAGACGGCGGCCCCCGGCCCCUCCUCAGCACCUCGGAGCCCGAUGACCUGGAGAGCGAACAGAACGUGGGCGUCUGUAAUGGCGACACGGAAGAGCAGACCGGAGAACUGGCCGAGACCGCCCUCCGAUUGCCCAAGAUGCAGGACACCUCCAUGGAGCGAGUAGGGCAGCCCUUGAGCGACGUCAUCGAAAAGCUGAAUGGCCAACUGGACUCUCAGAAUUGGGACUCUCACCAGGAACCCACAAACCAUUCCUUUCGGACCUGCUCCCCGGGGGAGACCCCCGGUGGCCUCCAGAGCCAAGACGUUAGCCAGGGAGUUCAGGAUCCCAGGGACUUCUACUACUUUACCCCAGAGAGUCCAGACGCUCCUACAGCAGGUAGUGGCGACAAUGACCUUACAAGCCAGAGCCAACCAGCACAUGUUCUUAGUGGCCCUGAGGAUGAUGGACAAGAAGAAGAAGGAGGAACACGAGGAGACGCACAGAUUAAAGAGCUAGAAGAUCCCAGCAGCAAACCGCUUCUGACCACCACCGACUCUGGUGGGAAUAGUAGUCCAGUGCUGAGCCUCGCGGAGGACUCUGGGGUCGAGGAGGGACAAGGGAGUCCUGGGGAAGCCCCUCACCCCUGCGAGUUUAGAGUGGACAAUAACCUCCUCCUGCUGCUGAUGCUUCACGUCUUCAGAGAGAAUGAGGAGCAGCUAUUUAAGAUGUUCCGAAUGAGUACAGGACACAUGGAGGGAGACAUGCAGCUGGUCUAUGUGCUGCUGACUGACUGCUACAUCUACCUGCUGAGGAAAGGUUCUGCAGAUAAGCCGUACAUGGUAGAAGACGCCGUGUCGUACAAUGAGCUGGACUACAUCUCGGUCGGCCUCGAUCAGCAGGCGGUGACUCUCGUGUGCACGAAUAGGCGGCGGCAGUUUCUGGUGGACACCGCGGACCAGUCACUGACUGAAAUCUUCAUAUCUGCUUUGAAGUCGGCCAUGAUAAAUGGGUGUCGGGAGCCUCCGUACCCCGGUGUCCUGACUGAUGCCACAAUGGAAAGACUCGCACUUGCAAAAUUUGUAUCCCAGGAGACUAAGAUUGAGGCCUCAAAAGUGGUCAUGCUUUACUAUGGACUCGUGCACUGGGAGGAUCCUUCGGAUGACGCUCAAGGAUCGUCUGCGCCAAACUUAUCCAGAGAUCAGACCGUGUCCAAGGAAGGCGUCCUUCACUACAAGGCGAGCGUGUCCUACCUGGGCAGGGAUACCUGGAAGACAUGUUACGUGGUGCUCAGUAAUGGAAUCUUAUACCAGUACCCGGAUAGGACGGAUGUCAUCCCCCUGCUGUCCAUCAAUCUGGGGGGGGAGCAGUGUGGAGGGUGCAGGAGGGCCAACACCACAGAGAGAGCACACUCAUUUCAGGUGAUCCUCACCGAUCAGCCUUCCCUGGAGCUGAGUGCAGCCAACGAGGAAGAAAUGGCCGACUGGAUGCUACAUCUGUGCCAAGCCGUAUCGAAGGGGGUUGUUCCUCAGGGCGAUGUCCCCUCCCCGUGUAUUCCCUGCUGUUUAGUGCAGACACAGGACAAGAUCAUCACCUGCCAUCAGGACUGUCAGACGAGCUUCUUCCGGGCCCUCGGCUCCAGCGAGUUAAUGGACCUGUCGUGUGUGGGUUCUGUGGAGGGGAAGGAGUACUGUAUCCUGGAGUUCACACAGGAGCGCAGUCACUUCCUUCUGCCCUGGGUCCUGUACUUCAGCUGCCGGCCGGAGCUCGAGCGAUUCCUCACCUCUCUGAGGACAGCAUGGAAAUCCAUAUACCAGGUGGAGCUCCCCCAUAAACCGAUCCCGGAGUCGUCCCUGAAGAAGUGUGAAGACGCCUUGUCCCUGAUCCACAGCACCUGGCAGCGCAGUGACAGCCUGUGCCGCGGCCGCUCCUCCCGGGACCCCUGGUGCUGAUAACCGAGGGGCCCCUGCAUGAAGAUCGGUCACGGUGGUCUGGACAUCUCUGGGACUGAACCACUAUCCUUGUAUCUGUGUAUAUUUAUAUAUAUAUAUUGGACAAUGUGUGUGUAUAUAUAUAUGUAUAGAUAUAUAUAUAUAUACGCUGCUUACCCGCCCGCAGGACGGCUGCCCCUGGAUCGUUGUUACAGAAGAUGGGGCGACCAGGAUACAGUGCCCCCUACAUUGCUGCUACUAACUCCACAGCGGGCGUCACCUGGCGCACAUGUGUAUACCAGCUGCACGGUGCCAUGUGGGGCAUGUCUGUGCCGAGGUGUGAGCGACCCACUGUAUGCUCUCGCCUGUGGGGUAUAGAGCAUGUGGCAGGAGGGGGGCGAGAUCCCACAGGGUUGGGUGCACGUUGCCGCCACCGCCUGGGACGAUGUGGAUGGGGACGGUAAUGCGGGCACAGGUGGCGCGGCCGUAAGCUUGAAUGGUUGGUAUUAACUGGGGGUGUAUUGUGCCCUAACACAUUGCUGCUGCUUUCUUUUUUCUUUUUACAUUUUAACAAUUUUACAAAUGUCGUCACUCCCAUCAUAGUUUGGGGGAGGGGGGGGCGACGGCGGCGGCGCAUAUUUUGGUUGUGGCGGCUACAGGAUGAGACUGGUGACUCCACAUUGUGCCUUCUAUCUGUAAGUACAGGGCGAGGCGGCUUUCAUGUUUAUUUUCUGGACUGGAUGCGUUGUCACGAACCCUCAGCUGUGAGAAGUUUGUUGAUAAUCGGUCACCCACCGCGGCUGACUGUAUGCGAGAUUCAGCGCAGCGUCUACACCGAGCCUCGGAACCGGUCCUGUCCUUACUGAGCUGAAGCGUUUGUUACCGUGUAUCUGUGCGGAUCAAAACGCAUCAGUCUGGAGCUAGACCGGAUCAGUUGUAACAAACCCUCAGCUGUGAGAUGUGAUGGGUUGGGAUGAGGUUACAGCUGAGGGUUUUCCUAGACUGGAUCGGUUGUAACAAACCCUCAGCUGUGAGAAGUUGGAUUUGUUUACAGCAUCUGGAGUGAAUGUUUCAUGCACUGACAGCAAGCAGAGUUAUCAGAACUCACAUAAUGCUGGUGCAGUGGCCCUUUUAAGUGUUGCUCUGCUGCCCCUGCAGGUGGUGGAGGUAAGUGCAGCCUGUUGUAUAAGACAUAUAUCAGGGUUGCCUAACCAUAGUACCUCCAGCUGUUGCAAAACUACAACGCCCAGCAUGCCCGGACAGCCGAAGGCUGUCCGGGCAUGCUGGGUGUUAUAGUUUUGCAACAGCUGGAGGCACCCUGGUUGGGAAAUCAUGCAAUAUGGUAUAGGCUUCCUCCUAUAUUUCCUAUAUAUUGCGAUGUACAGUCAUACCGAAGCCCACAAUAAUGGCGACAAAGCGCGACAGGCGUCCACGCUGCAUGUUGCUACCACGCUGUGACAUCAUAGGAGGCGGCCCUUAUAUCUAUCCCUGUAGAACGCCUGGCUUCACCCCCUCCUCGGCCUGGCAUGCAUGGAAGCGCGAUUCCUCUCUUGCGUUUUCCUGUCCGCAUGAACCCUGCGUCCUCCGCUGCACUUUUAUUUAACCCUUUGCACUGCGUGACGGCGGCUCGGACGAGUCAGUGGAGUUUUUAGGUAAUAAUUUGCACAGGUAGCAGGCGAUGGUGGGGGAUGGGGGUAUUAUACCCGGAGGCAUCGCGCCCCUCUGGACUUGUUUGCCUCAUGUUACAGAUGUUUUAUUUCCAGGGACGGUUCUAGAUUUAGUUGACUUCCUCCUUUUGUCCCGCGGAUGCGCAGAUAUCGAAGUUUAGCGCCAGCUGCGCCUUACUGCGAUAUUUACUUACGGAAUGUUCCCGGUGCCUUGUUAUACAAUGUAUUUAUUUGACCUCCUGUGAAUGAUGUUGGGCAGAGGUCGUCCUGGUCUGACCCUGAGGUCUGCCCCAGGGGGUGGUCAGCUGGCAAACGUCUGAUCAAGAGCGGGGGUCUUGGUUAUGACCUGUCUUUUGGUUCAGGAGACCUGUCUUUUGGUUCAGGAGACGUGUCUUUUGGUUCAGGAGACCUGUCUGUCUUUGGGUUCAGGAGACCUGUCUUUGGGUUCAGGAGACCUGUCUUUGGGUUCAGGAGAUGUGUCUUUGGGUUCAGGAGACCUGUCUGUCUUUGGGUUCAGGAGACCUGUCUGUCUUUGGGUUCAGGAGACCUGUCUGUCUUUGGGUUCAGGAGACCUGUCUGUCUUUGGGUUCAGGAGACCUGUCUGUCUUUGGGUUCAGGAGACGUGUCCUUAGUUCAGGAGACCUGUAUGGACACGGCCGGCAGCUGCUUGGAUCUCACUCAGCUCUGCUUCACCCAGACCUCGUAUAGUAUCUGCCCUAUGUAUAUAAACACUACAUGUUCACACUGGUGGCUACAUGUAAAUAAACCGCUACAACA